AUUUGUGACUGUGUCUAGUAAAAGGGACCACUUUGACGAUUCUAGUUUCCGAGUUAUAUGCAUUUUUACAAAAUUUGCCGAAAAUAUGUAAAAUGGAUUUUUGUUACUAAUCGGUUAUUAAUACCUUAAAUAUCAUUUUGUGUAAAAUAAUACCUGUAUAAUUACAAUAUUUCAAUAUCCUAAUAGGUCACGAAGUUUAGUACCAAGGGUACCACUUUAAGGUAAUAUUUUACAGGCGAAAUAUUUUGAUUUAUUUCGAUCGCUGUUAUGCAGGGAAGUGAAAUAAUAAGUUGAGGGUAGGAUAAGGGGGGCGGGGGGCGAAGAUUGGGCGGUAAGCGUGGCGCGGCGCGCGCGUCGCUCACUCAGUUAGCUGGCCGGCGCGUACUCGUACGCACAUGUUAGUUGAGCAUUGCCACGCGCCGUAAAACAUCGUGAUUUUUAUCUAUGCGAGCUGCGAAUAUACAUUGUGUUUAAGUACCAAGUUUAUAACGUCACAUUUCAUCAUGGAAGACGAUACUCAAAUUUUGUUUACUGAAUAUGAUGGCGAUCAGCAGCAAACACUACAAACAACAGCUUCACAUUCAGCACAGACAUCGACGACGAAACCAAAAGCACAACAUAAAGGCACUCAAACACGGGAAACUGAAAUAAGGUUUUCCAGUACGUGCUCAAAAAAUGAGAUUGUUUAUUCCACUCGGGACUUACCCCAAAUAAAUAACUAUCCCGGUCAGUGCAUUUCAGAUCCUCGAAACGAAGAUGUAGCCAGAAUAAUUUUAUAUGAGUUGGAGCGUUUGCCUGAAAAACACCGCAUUAGUGCUUUUGCCAUAAUUUUCAAUGAUAUAAAAAAAAUUCACGAUGAAGUGUCUUCUCAGCCUGUUGUUACUGAUAGCAAUACUCGUGUAAACGCUGAAGAGGCAAGGAAACGUGACUUACAACAAAGAGUUUUAAGAAACAUGGCGAGAGUGUUUGGCGAUGAGGAGUUAAAGUAACUUUUGUGUAGGUAUGUCACGUCUCACGCUCAAGUAAUAGUUACUUAAUAAAUUUUGUAGUCUCAUAUCAAUAGUGUUUCACCAAUUUUUUUUUUGUUAUAGAUGGAGCUUCUCAUGGAAAAUUGGAGUGUGAUUACGGUCAAUGCACAGACAUAGAUUUAAGAAAUUUUGAACAGGAGUAUUUAAAAUUCAUAAAAAAAA